UCGUGCGGGUUCAAAGAAAGCGGCAAAGUAUAAGAGUCCACGGGUGCCGCCUUGAUCUCUGCCUCGUCCGGAUCACCAUCACCAUCACCAUCAUCGCAUACAUCAAACCAAGUCCGCAGCCUUGUCUGAAGCUUCGCGCCCCACAACUCAACCUGGAUACCUAAUUCUCAUCGCCCAACAACUCGAGAGCCGGGAACCACACAGACCGCACAACGACCGCCUUCACUAUCACACUUAAGUCCCGCGUGCCGCCAUCAUGGUCUGCUCCGCGCAAUAUCAGGUCGACAAGGCCGCUUCCCGAGCCCAGCAGAAGCCAUCAUCGUCAUCCAAGAGCGGUUCGAAACAGGUAUUCGAUGCCCUACGUGCCAUGCCUCAGGUAAAGAGGUGUGGGUACUACCCGGAAAAGAGUGCGGCUACUGCGGCACCCCCUGCGGCUAGGCCAGCUCAUUCCCAAUGCCCCCUCGAUCUGAACAGGAGUCAAGUUGCUCGGACUGUGAUGCGAUGAUGGGAACCAUCAAAAACUAUAACGAUACCCUGGGACAACGGUGAAUGGCGACACACAAGGGCUACGAGAUGGAGGGGCUGUGUGUGUGCGUAUGCGUAUGCGUGUGCGUGUGCGGGCAAGGCGACCGACGAGUGUGUGUUCGACUAGGAGGAUUUCAUUUUUCGUCAUUUUUCCUUUGUGAGGGAACGGGGAAAAAAGGGGCAGAUCAAAAACGACUGGGUGGGCCAAUCUGGGUACUGGCCCUGUAACGUUAACGAGCCAUGUCUGUCCGAUUUUCAGAUCGGCUUGCGCAAGUGGAGGGGCACAUCGGGCUGGAGGGGGGGGGGGGGGGGGCG